UUCAACUGGGUGGGGUGCGUGUUCUGUGCUGUUGAGGUGCUUAAGUCCCACCGUCGCAGCCGCAGUGUGACGGUGUAAAUACCGAUAUUCCGCUGAACGCAGACUUAGCUGAGCAGUUAGCUGCUGUCCGCGUGUCCCCUUUAACUUCCGUCUGCUCGUCGGUGUCUUGUUUGCUUAGCUUUGUGGUGUUUACACUUUUUGUGCUGCAUUCACUGACUGGUUGCACUUGAAAACAGUCAGGUUAAAACUAUUGCCGGAGCAGUUUACGGCAUGUCGUGGACCGCAGCGUCAGGAGAAAGCACGUGUAGUCACAGUGUAAACUGAUGUUUAACAUUAACCUUACUCAAUUAAUUCCCUAGUUUACUCACCAGAGAAAUCUUUAUUUUACUUAUCUGUGCAAGGGGAAAUGGCGGUUUCACUGCUUUCUCCAUCAGACUAGGUGUGAUUAGGACCCACAUUUACAGUUAUCAGACUUGGACGUCAUCAACAAAUACGCGGUUUUCCACAGGUCCUAGUUAUGGAUGAGUCUCCCUGCAGAGAUGAGGAGGACAGCUCUUCAUCUCCUGUUGUAGGUGUGGGUCUGUGUGACUCGGUCCCCCUGCUGUGGAGGGUGGAGGACCUGAAAACGGUCAGGUCUUGGGGUCUUGUGGGGGCUCUGUUAGGUUCACUGCCCCGGACCCCCCGACAGAACGGACGCCUGGGACGCCCCCUGCUGCUGCUGCCGGAGGAGGAGAGACUGCUGAGCGAGCGCCAUGCUGCUGCCUCUUUACCUGCCGCUGACCAGGAUGGAGGAGGGCCGGAGCUCCAUCAGCAGGUGGAGCAGUAUGAGGAGCAGCAGCAGAGGACUUAUGAGGAGCAGACCAUCCUUGCUUUGGAGGACAGGAAGUCAGCACUGAUCCGAGCCAUGACCCCAUCACACACAGGUUCACAGUCUGGACCUGGAACUGCAGGCGAGGCAUUGCAGGUCCACCUGGAGACUCUGGACCAGAGCUUUACCUUCCCUCGGUCGGCACUGGCAGUCCAGCUGAGCACUGCAAGGGUGGGGCUAUCCUACUGCCCUGAAACUCGGGCCUUCCUGCGAGCUGACUGGCCAAUCAGAGUGCAGGAUCACUGUAGCGGUGGUGUCAGGUACCAGGUGUUCAGAGACCUGAGGGGGCGGGGCUUCUACCUGACCUCAGCGGGGAAGUUCGGGGGAGACUUCCUUGUAUAUCCCGGUGACCCCCUUCGGUUCCACGCUCACUUCAUCGCCGUCUGCCUGUCUCUGGACCAGUCCGUCUGUCUUCUGGACAUCCUCGCCAUGGCUCGUCUGGGAUCCGGUGUGAAGAAGACCGUCCUGCUAUGCUCCCCGGGGACGGACGGAGGGGUGGUUUACACCUCGUUACAGUGGAGCGGGAUGGUGUGAACAGCUGAUUAGAUGACAGCAUCAAACAGGAAGUGAGGUGUUUUUUUUUUGUUGUUGUUUUUUUAUUUUGCAACAACUGAUAUACAAACAAGAUAAAGGAGAACAUAAGGAUAUACAAGAAUAGGGAAUCGAAUACAAAUCAACAGCAAGCACAAAUGGGGAAGAGAAGUUAACCUCUGCAGUAAUCAAUUAUAAGUGUAUUUGUGUAUAUUAAGAAAUAAAAAUAAAGAACAAGCACAGAUGA